CAAGUCACCUUCGCUGUCUUUUUAAAUUUGUAUUUUCCUCAGUGUUCUCACCAGGAUUUUGCCUUGGGGAGUCCCAGGGCCCCCUCUUCUGAGAAAUAGGGGCCCUGUAAGAACAUUAGGGGGACAAAGUUACAAAAAACACGCGGUACGAAGAACCUGAGCCCGCACUCCAAAUUGUCUGUUACAUGAAGUACCUACCUGAUCCAAUAUGGCGGAAGAGGUGUUUACGAUUCGGAGGAGGAGUUUACGAUGUAGUGGGACGUGCGUGGGACCAAUGAAAGUAAAGGCAACAAAAUUAAAGACUUUGACUCAUUUGAUAUCAUGUUUUUUUAUUUAUUCAAACAAACAGAAUGCUUUAGUGUUAGGGUGACCAUUAAAACUACUUAAGUCCGUUUGACUCGUAGCUUGCCCCUGCGCCCUAACGGGCGCAUCUUCUUGGUUUUAAUGCGCCAUUUCAGGUUUUUUUUGCGGGAAUCCCGCAAGGCCGCGGCCUGGUGAGAACACUGUUUCCUAAUUCACUAUCUCAUCACUUUCAUCACCACCAUACUUGUUGUGGAAAGCCCAGGCGAUUAGAUAUGUAUUGGAGUGAAGCGUGAAGUCCGAGAUCGCCAAAAAAUAAGAAAGAAGAGAGGGACAGGGAGUUUUUGUUUUUCUUUCUCACACCUCUACGCCAUCCCCACACUAAAUUUGAACGCCUGGAACAGGCUAAAGAAACACAACUACGAUGCAUAGCUUGUUACGGUUGUGAUAAUUUACGCAAAAAUGUGACAGUAAUUCAUACGUACGCCAUGUCAAGUCACCUUCACUGUAUUUUUUUGUUUUUUUGUUCUUAAGACAUCUCGUGGAAUUGAUGCCGAGCACGUGGAUCUUGUUGUGAACAUGGAUGUUCCACGUGAUUCUGAGACAUACCUUCACAGGAUUGGACGAGCUGGCAGAUUUGGUGAGUAUCGCUGCGGUCACUUUCUGAUUGUCCUUGUGAGAAAACGCUUUCUAUUGGCCUGUAAUAAAUCCUUCACCUCCGUACAUGAAGAUUGAUUUUCAAUCUCUCACGUGGGAGUUGUAGAGAUAUUCGUCCUCAAGGGCGAUGUACGACUGGGAGACCCUCGUGAAAGUGAACAAUCGCGUGAAUUGCCAAAAAGAAAAUGCAAAUAGAUCAAAGAAUCGAUGCGUAAGAAAACAGUUAUUACAUUUGGUUUCUCCUGACCACUUAAAUUGUUAGCGUUGGGGGGCGUGGGGGGGAGGAAGGGGGCGGAUCCAGAAAAUUCAGAAAGGGGUGGCCGGGACACUUAACUGCUCUAUUUUAAGUACUUCUCAUUUUUCUAUGAUGGAAAUCUAUAAAAAAAAAUUACACAAUUUGAAAGGAAAAGGGGUGGCCGCGCGGUGGGUUAUAAGUGAAGGGAGGUGGGGGGGGGCGCUUAUAGGCGGAAGUUUACAGUAUAAGGAUAUUGGUACUGCUACAGAGGUCGGGGAAAGCUAUGGCCUUUCAGUUCUACGUGGUUGUGAUUGAGCUCAUGUGAGAGGUUUGACUCCAGAAGAUGAACUAAAGCUUUUCAAAUAUUAUUGCCUAGGUACACAGGGUAUUGCUGUGACGUUUGUCGCCCAAGGUGAAGAGGACAGGUUAUUCAGGAAAAUGGAAGAGAAAAUCGGCAACGAAAUCGAUUCGCUACCAGGUAUUGACAACCUCAUGCAGGGCUUAAAUAUUUUUAGCGCUCUGUCUGAUUGUGGAUGUUCAUUGUAACCAUGCAAAAAAUGGAUUACUUGAGUGUUCGUUAUGCGUGUCACAAGCUUCUCGAAAAAAGUUUUCGAUUAGGCCUUCCGAGCUGCUCUUAGCCUCUUUUUUUUUUCAAAACGAGGGUAAAUGCAAAGUCUAAAAUAAAAAUAAUUUCCUCAGUAUUAAAUAUUCUGAUUAAAUUCAGACUCAUUUUCAUAUGAACCGUUCUACAGUUAGCCUCAUUUUGAAAGCGAGGUUUUUGGUACUCGGAAAUAGCCUGGAAUCCUGACGUUCCGCGAACCGAUAGGACGUUUUAGGUCACUGAGUUCUUCACUACGAUAGGAUUAGAAACAUCGUAAACAUUUUCGAUUGGUGGUUAAGAAAUCUUAAUGAAUUUCAGUGCGAAAUAUUGUGGAUUUUUUUUUACCAACGAGCAUGGAAGGAGUAAAACUAAAAGAACCUACAAUGUACUGAAAUAUUACUGUAUUAAACUGUCACCUUGCUGUUUGUGCUGUUCUAGAUCCCAUUCCACAGUUCCUACGCUCUAGUGAUGCAUCCAGUACGCUUGCCUCUGAAUCGCCAAAACCAGCAUCAGUUGAAGUUGAUAUCUUAACAAACUGCAGCAUUGAUUCUUCUGAAGGCAUAGUGAAUAAGGACAGCCCAGAGCCCAGAAGGACUCAAGCUUCUACGAAAAAUGCUGCAUCGGAAAUAACUGACUCCCUAGUGCUGCAGGAUACGUCUCUUUGUGAACAAACUGAAGAAGAUUCUCUUUUAAACAAGGCCGAGACCGUGAAGAACGUCAACUUACAACUAAAAGAUGAUGAUUUACAGCGUCGAAAAAUGACGGAAGAUAUGCAGAACACUUUACAAAAAGACUUGCCCUAUGAAAAGGAGAACGUUGACGAGAAGCUUUAUCGAAAGGAUCAGGGAGUUUCGGACGCUGACCAGCUGCAAGGACAAGCAAAAGAUGGCAGAGCUGCAGAGAAUUUUCAAUGUCAGUCCAAAAUUCAAACUGAUUUGAUUAAAAGCAGCGAAAGAGGGAUGUUGGAACAAGGACCUUCAAUACAAUCUGCAGAAACGUCGGCCUGUUUAGUAGGAGAAAAUGAGCAUAUUCUGAGACCACUGCAAGAUUUAAAACUUGAUCCGCGUUCUGAAUCAAAGUCCUUUCACAAGCCUGGGAAUCAUUUGCCACCGGCUAAAGCAACUAGCAAUAAUGGAGGAUUUGAAAACGAAAAGACCAGCAACAUUGGUGAUAAAAUGAAUUCAUCAUCUGAUGAUGAAAAAAUGUUUGAGUCUCUGUCAGACGGCAGAGAGGGCUCCGAUCACGAAGGUAAUGAGAGUGCAGAAAAUUCCAACGAUCUUGAACGCGGUGUCGAUGGUAAUCUGUUAUCAAUGGAGGAAAAGCGUGACUUAAGUCAACAGUUACCUUCUGUGACAGAAUUUGAGAAAUAUCUCGAGAAUUACCUGGAAAAGGUUUCCGAUUUUGAUAAUGUGGUUGAGGCUUCCUCGACUUCAAGUGAGUCGGAGGAUGAUGACGUUGAAAGCGACAGCGCGAAUGAUAGCAAUGACAGAAUCUCACAAAAAGCAUCCAUGUCCUCCAGCCAAUUUGGAACUGCGAGAGAUGGGCAAGAUUUCCGUCAACAUGCACAGCAGAGAUUCAGUGGCAGUCAGGAACCGUUUCGUGACGACACUGGAAGCUCAGAUUAUUAUCAUCAGAAUCAGAAUCGAACUCACGAUGAUAUUUCAGGUCAUUGUGGCAGCUUACUUUCUGGCUUAAAUCAAAAUUACCAUUGGUAUAAUUCCAAUCAUAAUGAUGGAUGGCAUAUUUACGGCGACAGUCAUAAUUAUUACGGUCAUUAUGACAAUUAUGACGGUCGUUAUAGUUAUUACUAUCCCCAUCCAGGAGGCUAUGAAGCUAACUACUCCUCACAAAGUGAAGCAUAUUCGUCACCUUGGGAACAGUAUUAUGACAAAGCCUAUGGCGAUAUGGGAACUUAUCAAGACUACCAGUGGAAUAUGAGCUGGUAUAACGCUUAUCAAAGGCAGACAAGUUGCAUUAGGCAGUUUGUCGCUUUCAGUAGAGCUGUAAGAUUUUGA